AUGGCCACCAGCGAUCUAGCAGCCACUUACCACGACCUCGAAGUGAGCACCAGCUUGGGCAACGCUACAGUCCACUACGCAGAAGCCGGCAACAAGUCCGAGCCAACUCUAGUGUUGCUCCACGGAUUCCCCAGCUCCAGUACGCAAUACCGAGAUUUCAUCCCCCUGAUGGCAGAUAAAUACCACAUCCUGGCACCCGACCUCCCCGGUUUCGGUCUGACGAAGGUCCCAAGCAAUUUCCAGUACACCUUCGACAACAUCACCACGGUAAUCUCAGCGUGGCUCAUGGCGCUCGGAGUGACCAGCUACGCACCUUACCUUUUCGACUACGGCGCUCCAGUGGGCUUCCGUCUGGCACUAGAAAACCCGGCUGCUGUCAAAGCUAUCAUAACCCAAAACGGCAAUGCAUACGACGCAGGGUUUGGGCAAGACUUCUGGAAGCCAAUCUUCGAUCUCUGGAACACGAGCAAUAGCCAAGAAGUCCGCGAGGUUCUCCGGGAAAACAUUCUGACGCAAGCGACGACCAACUAUCAAUAUUAUCAAGGUGUUCCGGAACAAGACCGCGCUCUCGUAGACCCAGAGCAGCCCGUCCGCGACUACCUGCAGAAUCUAGCAGGCGAGGCAAAUCAAGAGCAUCAGCUCGAUCUGUUCUACGAUUACCGGACGAACCCUGAGAUGUAUCCCAAGUGGCAUGAGUAUAUGAGGCAUAGCCAGGUCCCGCUGUUGGCUGUCUGGGGAAAAGGAGAUCCUGCUUUCAUUCCUGCAGGUGCAGAGGCGUAUAAGAAGGAUCUGCCUCGUGCUCAAGUGCAUCUUCUGGAGGCCGGGCACUUUGCGCUGGAGACGAAGCGGUGGGAGAUAGCGGAAUUGUGUAGGAAAUUCUUGGCUCAAGUGCAGUUUUGA